UUCGGGGUUUCUUCUUAAACAGAGCCACGAAGCUCUGUGAUUGAGGGAUUUCGGGAGAAGCUUCUGAUAACAGUGUUCCUGUGACAUCGUUGUUGUGCUGGAAAAGGAGCGAAACGAGGACCGGUUGUACGAGUUUCUUCUCGGUCUCGAUGAGACCCGCUAUGCCACAGUUCGGUCUAAUCUCCUCUCUCGACAGACCAUACCCACGCUCGAAGAGGCAUAUAACAUGAUUAUCCAAGAUGAGGAUACACAUUAGGUAUCAUACGCACGGGAAGACAGACCCGAAGUGACUGCUUUCACAGUCCGUUCUGAUCAGAAGGCCCGACCGAAAUCUGUCACGGCCGACAAAGACGCAACGAUGCUCUGCUCGAAUUGUGGUCGUGCCGGCCACGUUGCUGAAAAUUGCUUCAAGCUGAUCGGCUUCCCAGACUGGUGGGGAGACAGACCUCGGAACAGAGCUGGUCGUGGCAGGGGACACACUGCACCGAUGCACACUGGUGAUCGUAGCAACAUUCCAGCUGCCCGAGCUAAUGCGACCACGGUUGUUGCUAACUCGGCACUGGUUUCUGUUCCGUCUCCGGUCAUCGAGGGUGACAAGCAAUUUGUUUCCGGCAUCACUGAGGAGCAAUGGAAGUCACUGAUGACAAUGGUAAAUGCCAACAGGUUUGACAUUCCAGACCCAAUGACUGACAGUUUCAAUUGAGUUGGGCUCGAUUUCUCUCGGCAAUUGUCACCGAUUGUCACGGGUUUUAUACGUACAUGGGCUUCAAUGCAACUUGAUAUCUGUCUCCCAACUCUUGGCUGAUUCUGCGUGUUAUGUGACGUUCGCUCACAAUUUCUGUCUAAUUUAGGACCGCACUACAAGGAUGUCGAUUGAAGCGGGUGAGUUGAUUGGAGGACUCUAUUAUUACAGCAGUACAUAGUUUAGCAGCAACAUGGGUGAUUGAUUCUCCGUCUUUGUGGCAUCAGCGAUUGGGAUAUCCGUCAGCCAAAGUUCUAGCGAAAAUUCCGUGUAUUGAUUUUUCAGCUGAAAGUUUGAUUGAUAAUAAGCAAUGCGAUAUAUGCUUGCAUGCGAAACAGACAAGGGAUUCUUUUCCAUUGAGUAUGAAUAAAAGUGUUGCGAUUUUUGAUUUAGUUCAUUGCGACAUUUGAGGACCAUAUCGCACACCAUCUUUCUCGGAUGCUCGGUUUUUCUUGACCAUCGUUGACGAUUACUCACGAGGAACUUGGAUCUAUUUGCUCAAAGGGAAAUAUGAAACGUCUGUGCAUCUCCGAAAUUUUCUAACUCUUGUUGAAUGCCAAUUCAACAAGAAAGUCCGUCGAGUUCGCUCGGAUAAUGGCUCGGAGUUCAUUGCUAUGCGAAAGCAUUUUGCCCAACACGGGAUUCUACACGAAACUUCGUGUGUUGGAAAACCACAGCAAAACGGUCACGUCGAGCGCAAGCAUCGACACAUAUCGAAUAUUGCUAGAGCUUUGAUGUUCCAAGCAAAUUUACCGAUUGAAUUUUGGGGAGAAAGUAUACUCACAGCGGGAUAUCUCAUCAAUAGAACUCCGACAACACUCCUUAAUGGACGGACCCCAUACGAGUUACUGCACGACCAGCCUCCUCGCUAUGAACACCUUCGGACAUUCGGUAGUCUCUGUUUUGUACAUAAUCAGAACAGAGCAAGGGAUAAAUUCGCGACACGCGGAUUUCGUUCAGUCUUUGUGGGAUAUCCUUCGGGAAUGAAAGGAUGGCGCGUAUACAAUCUUGAAACGAAACAGUUUCUGGUGUCUCGCGAUGUGGUUUUCUUCGAAAAUCGAUUCCCCUAUAUUGAAGAUAAUCCUUCUUCGACGCCAGUUUCGGUUCUACCUCAGCCAUCGGCUCCUUUGUUCCACGAGGAGUCUGAAGAUGUCUUCCCACGAAACAUCACCACGCGAUGUUGUCUCUUAACAGAUGGACGAAAGUGUCUUUCUUGCCACCUCAGUGUCGAUGUUCACUGCUGAAAAUAGUACUGUAACCAUGCCUACUGUCCAGAUUGCUCCCAUUGAUCCUCCAGACGACACUGCUACUAAUAUUGACGGAACUCAGUUUCCCCUACGCACUGAUCAGCAAAACCUUGGAAGUAGGGG